UCUUUCUUAAUAUCUAAUAAUGUCUUUCACUCGUCGCUCCGCACUCCUCGCAGUGCUCCCAGCCCUCGCCGCUGCCCAGGGUGGUACCCCCAAGCUCGAUGCCGCUUGCGAAGACGUCGUGCUCUUCUGGGCCCGAGGCAACGAUGCUCCUUACCACGACGGCCGUACCUCGCCUUUGAUUGACGCAACCUGCGCCAAACUUGCCGCCCAGGGUACCAGCUGCGACUACAUCGACGUCCAGUUCGAUGCUACCUACGGAGGCCCAUUCUGUGACCAGAUCGCCGAGGGCGCCCGCAACGGUGUUGCUCAGGUCACUGCCUUCAACUCCAAGUGCCCCAACACCAAGAUCGUCAUGAACGGUUACUCUCAGGGUGCCCAAGUCACCGGAGAUAUCCUCGGAGGUCCCGGUGGAUGCGAGAAGGUCUCUGAUGGCCUCGACAGCAACUCUGCUGCCGGCAAAGCCAUUGCUGCUGCUCUCCUCUGGGGUGAUGUCCGCCACACUGCUAACCAGCCCUACAACGUUCUCGACGGAGCUGGUAGCGAGGUCUACCCCCGUACCGGAAAUGAUCUCGCUCUCAUCAACCGCUACUCCUCCGUCCUCCGAUCUUACUGCGCUGCCGGUGACCCAGUCUGCGCUGGUGGUGAUGUCGUCGCCGACCACUUGAACUACUUCGAGCUCUACACCAACGAUGCCGCCGCAUGGAUCGUGUCCAUGGUCAACAAGGUUCUGCCCACCUCCAGCUCCGCUCCCUCAUCCUCCGCUUCUAGCACCAUGGUCACCUCGUCUUCCCGCUCUUCCGCCCCUGUUGUGACGGCGUCUUCCAGCUCUGCCGUCGUUCCUUCGUCGGGUGCCUCCAGCUCUGCUGUUGCCCCUUCGUCGGGUGCCUCCAGCUCUGCUGUUGCCCCUUCGUCGGGUGCCUCCAGCUCUGCCGUUGCCCCUUCGUCUGGUGCCUCCAGCUCUGCUGUUGUCCCUUCGUCCGGUUCCUCCGCAGUCGUCCCCUCCAACGGUGCUAGCGGAAGUGUCAGCGUGCCCACCGCUUCCUCCAACGGCACUGGUUCAUACAGCGCCAUUGAUUCCUCGGUGCCUCACUACACCGCCACUGUUCCCCAGCCUUCCGGAACCACACCCUCUGCUUCCGUUCCCUCUACCAACACCCACCCCGGAACUCACCCUCCCUUCCCCGCGGCCACCCCUUACGACAACUGCGUCGUCAAGUACGAGGUCGUGACCAAGUACGUGUAAGUUCUGUUUCGAUGAGGUACAUGAGGAAUGACGAUGUCGGACGGUCGUGAACACAAGAAAAUAGUUCGAACAUAUACAAAAAAAUAAUAUAACAUUAUUUCGAACAAGGUCCAUCUUGCCAUGUCUCUCUGCUUCCAUCAUGUGAUGUGAUUCAUGCUUGCUGAGUAUCGUAGUUCCGUGAAUUCUACAUUUGAGGGUACGUACUCCUUCGUCGGGGAAACUGCCCGAGGCGGAAGGCAGCAGGUGCGAAGUCCGCCGUUGUAGCCUUACCUUUGCGCUUUCCGCAUCCACUCUCCCAUUGGUCGAAGCUAUAUUUUCUUAUCAGAGCUGCGCGUGUCCGCAAACAAUAGUCCACCCAAUUGCCGUCUUGCACUGCAUCUUUCCCAUGUUGGCCUUCGCUAAGUCUAUCAUU